ACUCCAUACAACUACUCCCAGGAUAAUGACAUCUUUACACACUACAGACCUCGAUGGUAUAUUACCCCUCUUGUCCAGAGGUAAGGUCAGAGACAUCUACGAGGUGGACGCCAAAACUCUUUUGUUUGUGGCUACGGACAGGAUUUCUGCUUAUGAUGUGAUAAUGGCUAAUGGGGUCUCAUCGAAAGGAAAGAUCUUAACCAAAUUAUCCGAAUUCUGGUUUGACUUUUUGCUGGACACCGUUCCCAACCACUUAGCGUUGAAUGAUAACAGCGAUGACAACUUGUUCAAGCAUUUACCAGCGCCAUUAUCUGAACCAAAGUAUAGAAAUCAGUUGGCUGGAAGAUCGCUUUUGGUGAAGAAAAUGAAGCUUAUUCCAUUGGAAGUGAUUGUAAGGGGCUACAUCACCGGAUCUGCCUGGAAAGAGUAUAAGAAGUCCAAGACCGUGCACGGGUUGGCUAUUGCUCAAACAGACUUACAAGAGUCGGAAGAGUUCACCACUCCAAUCUUCACUCCUUCUACUAAGGCUGAACAAGGAGAACACGACGAGAACAUUUCGCCCGAAAAGGCGGCUGAGAUUGUUGGCAAGGAAUUGUGUGACAAAGUGGCUACUAAGGCCAUUGAAUUGUAUUGUGUGGCCAAAGAAUAUGCUAAAACCCAAGGUAUUAUUAUUGCAGACACCAAGUUCGAGUUUGGGUUGGAUGAAGACGAUAACUUGGUGUUGGUGGACGAGGUUUUGACGCCAGACUCGUCCCGUUUCUGGAAUGCCGCCAAUUUUGCCCUUGGAAAGUCUCAGGACUCUUAUGACAAGCAGUUCUUGAGAGACUGGUUGACUACCAAUGGUUUGGCGUACAAGGACGGUGUGGCCAUGCCGGAGGAUAUUGUGACUAGAACCAAGGCUAAGUACGUAGAGGCGUACGAGGUGCUAACUAGAAGCAAGUGGGUAGAGUAGAAGUAAGUGGUGUAAAGAUAAUUAGAGAGUUCAAUAACAUAUGCUCAAAAUGGGAGGGUGAAACCCAAAGAGUGGAUCUAGUAUAUAUAUAUUAUAUAUGGGCACAAUUGAUAUAUUAAAAUUCAAAUGCUUUUAUUAAAGGUCCAUGCAGUGAUUAGUGUCGAUAGUUUUUGUUUCUGAGGUAAAGCUCUUCGUACUCAGGAAUGUUUCGCUUGUCGAUGGUAAGUGGUUCCAACUCAUCGGUGAUUCGCUUGCGAUAGUUGUUACCCUGGAGUCGGGUCGGGGACUGGGGAUUUUUGUGGUUUUUAUAGGAAUCAUAAUCAUCAUAGUCGUUACGGAUCUUCAAAGGGGUUCUUCGGGUGGGGCUUUCAUCCAUUAGUUCCUUGGGCCCCCGGGGUUUGUUUGGCAGCACAAGCUUAUCACUCAGAUAGUGAUGGUUGUUCUGAUAGAGGAAGUUUUUGGCCUGGGGAGUGGAAACGUCCUGGUUCUGUCGAGUGGGAUCCGAUUUCUUUCUUAUAAGGUCGGAAUUCUGGGUCAUAAGAAUCUCCUUCAACCGUUGUUGAACUUCUUGCUCUACCACCAACUUGAACUCCCGCUGAUAAUUGAGCCUUACUUCUUUGGCCUCUUGGUCCAUGAGCUUCUUGCGAGCCUCAAACUCUUCGAUGAGCUCGUUUUCGAUCUGCUUCUUCUGCAUGUCACAUUUCUUCUGGAUAUUGGUAUACUCUUCCUGAAGGUCGACCUUCAGAUUGUAGAUCUUCUGCUCAAUGGUGUUCAAGUAU